CGUUUCUCAGACACCGCUCACCUUCCAGCCCGGUCGCCGUGCGCUACCCGCUCCGCUCGAUGCUCGUGCUCGCGUAAGACCACCCCGUACUCCCGACAGACACUCUAGGAGACGCACAGCGUCGGCACGCCUUCUCAGUCUGCAGGCGCGUCGUGCUCGUCACUGUCCACCUCACAGGCUCGGCACUAUUCUCUGGCUAUGGCGAAGGGUAUCUGCGCUAUAAUUCCGAGUGACACCCCAAAUCCUGCUGUCGACGACCCUAUCCCGGCAUACGCUCGGGCGUGGGACCCUAAUAUACGACGCCCCACCCAUCUGCCAGAGGAUUACGACGAGCGCAUCGCCCCCGAGUACAUCUUCUUCCUUCCUGCAGGCCCAGAGGAAACCGCGGAUGGGUUGACCGAGUCCGGAGUGUACGUAGUCGCGAAGAAGUGCGACCACUGCGAACGGCUGAGAAAGGCCUGCACGCGUGCACGCCCUACGUGCCAGAUGUGCCACGCUGGGAGACACGACUGCGUUACAUCGGACACAAGCUACGUGCAUCUCUCUGGACCCAAAGGAACCCGUCCCAGCCGCUCAAAGGGCGGUGUACCUGGACAACCUGUCCCGAGGUCUACCGCUCACCCGAGGUUGCGCACUCUGAGGUUGCGUUCUUCCACCGCCUCCCGUGAAUCUUUACCUCCAGACUCCCGCUCUCCAUCGCCAACCCUCUCAGAGGAGCUUCCAAGGCGAGCCAAAACGGCACCACACGAGAACGAAGGGAGGCGCCACGACAGUCCAGCGCGCGGUAAAGCCAACAAGAAGCGGAAGGCCAAACCCGCUGACAUGCCGACAGCAUCCGCAGGCCCGUCGCGACCCAAGAAGUCAAAGGUUGAACCUAGCGCGUCUGGGAGCAGGAAAGCGUCAGCUACUCGCAAGAGGAAACGUCCUGCUGGCCGUGUCUCCUCUGCCAAUGAUAAGCACGAUGCUAGCCCUUCGUGGACCGCUGUACAGCCCGCAAUACAGUCGACAGACAGUAACCAUGCUACUCUGCUUGAGCCAUACGCAUCACCCAGGAUUUGGGCCAGUAACAAGGAAGAGCUACUGGAGGUACUUCCGACCCUCAAGAACGAAGUAAAUGGGGUUGUCUGGGGUAACGUCGAAGCGCCUGUCUUGUUCCUCCAGGGUCCUGUGUGGCCCGGAGACCAAUGGCACGGCCAGAAAACUAUAGAAGUCACUAUGAUCAGGAGGCGCGUCCAACAUCAGUUUCCUCAACAGCUCUUGGACGCAGGGCCGGUCAAUCUUCCAAGUGCACAGGGUGACGACUUGACAAUAGAUUCCAGUAAUCCAGUGCUGGCGAUACCGGUUCCUGCCGCGGAUCCACCGACAGUUCGUCCACAACCCUGUGCAUUGCACCCCUCAGCGCAGCUUGAUGCCCCGCCAUUACCAAGCGACGAAGCCUCUGCGGCCCUGGUAGGCCCCUCCAAUCCAUCCCCGGCCCCAGCUUUGAGGUCCUCACCAGGUCUCGAGUCACUGUAUCAUCAGACAGUUCCAGCUACAUCUCCGCAUCCCGCACCGUUGUCCCUGUUGUGCGAGGCCUCAUCAAUGGCUGACAACCUGUCCGUAGCAGGGGAGCUGAUCAAGGACCACAGCAGCCAACACACGACCUCGGUCCGCGGAUCGCCUGUACGCGGUGCCGGACGCGACACUCUCAACGCCCCUCGCAGCCGCUCUUCCAGUGUGAGCUCUGGCAUGAGCUACGACGAGGCGAGGGAGCUUUCCGGAUCUUCAUACGCGACCACCUUGACCUCUGUUCUCAGCUGGAAGCCUGAUUACUUCAGUCCGUCUCCGUCAGAUACUCGGUUCAGAACGAGCAGUGUACGGGAUGAUCCCGAAGGAGGAGAUCCUGCCACCAACACCGGAGACCUGAAGCAAAGCUUAUUCCAUCUUCACGCCACAAGAUGGACCAAGCCGCUCGCGCCAUCAUCGUUUCCGAACAGUCACUUUUCUCAUGCUAGCCAUCGAGAAGAUGGACCGCCCGCCCAUGAUGCGCAACCGAACCAGCCGCCGGCCUCAGCCUUGUCGCACCCGCUGCAAGCCUCCGACUUCGGCACUAUGCCUCCCGAGUUCUCCGCGUUGCAAGAACACCAUCAGAUCGGCUUGCCAGUCGCUGUGGUCUUGUGCAGAGAUUCUGCGCUCUGGAAUUUCGAUCUCCCGCCAAAAUAUGGAUGUGUCUUCCUCGGAUUUUUCAAUAUCGCACGUAUGGGGUACACGCACGUGGACGCUGAACGUCUGCGUUGCCGUAUACGACUGGAAUGGACGCCAGGCGGAGACAGCGCUGACCCGAUUGUCGAGCCGCCGCUCACGCCGUGGUGGAUUGAACCUGACGGAUCUGGAACGGACAGUCACAAUGUCGACUCAGAGAUGGUCUUGCACCCAUACUCCUUCCUUCCACUCCACAUACUUGCAAUGUCUGCCUUCACGGACAAGGACCGCGCGAUAGGCGUGUCGGAAGUCACGUCCGUCGAGGGGUGGCAUUGUCAACAGUGUGGAAAGCUGAACGUCCAGCGGAACCUACGCCUACAGCGAUGCAGCGACUGCGCAAGAGAGAACGGUCUCCCUCCUAUACGAGUUGAUUGUGUGCGGAACCCACAUCUGAUGGCGCCGAGCAGUUGGCCGUGGGACAAGACCUGUGGUAAUGUUGUGUCGGCUGGCAAGAGAUUGUCAGAUGGGUCGUGUACGCAAACCUACACGAUAGAUAAUAGAGCCAUUGUCAAACACAUCUAUACGUGUAAUCGACCCGAGGUACAACGGGGCUCGUCUCGCCUUUUCACGGCUAUUCAAAGAGACACGGAGCUGGUGCAGCACAAGGCGAGCGGGUGGCUGGGUGCAGGGUCGCACUACAUCGCCGUCUUCGGUGACGGUGUGAUGUAUGAUAUUCCUUGCACGCCGUGGACGGGCACCCCGUCAUCUAUUAUCGAUACGAGAGACGUAUUCCAGGAGCGAUGUCGCGCUGCUGGCGACUGGCCUUCAUUUGUCGUCGACAAGAUGCUAGUAACGGCUUGGAUGGACGCGGGUUCGAGGAAGGGUUGUCUGGUGCCUGCGAAAGGCAUGCGCAUUGCUAUGUACUGCCUCGGGGCAGACGUAGAGCUGUCGAUUUCACCGAAGCCAAUCGUCGGCAGCGAGGGGAAGACAAGGGGUAUCACGAGGAUCAAGGCUGACCUCGACACAUGGAUUUCAUUGAACGACGAGGCAGUCGACGGCAGUUCGCGGACUCGCGACCAGAGCGUCCAGAUCAAGGACGAGGAUGUCGAAACUCAGCCAAAUUUGAACUUAUUGGUGGCGGACGACGCAGAACCACUGAAGCCGCAGCCCACGAGUGCCUCGAGCGGAGUCUCUGGCAAGCGCCCACCUCGAAACAAAGAGGCUCCCAAGGAGCCAUUGUUUGUCACUCUCGUUCAUGGCGAUAUGCUGCUAUUUGAUGGUGGUGACUUCGAGUAUACCCUGAAACGGACCGGAAUGAGCGUUGUGUUAAUUGCUACAGAUACCGAACAAGGAGUCUGAAUCUUCUGCUGCUGUUGUCGAUCUUGGAGAAUCCUAUAACUAAGCUAUCACUAUCUUACAUCUUGCUUUCGUCGUUGUAUUGCUCUAUGCUCUCAUGUAUGCAACUGCUUUGAUCGCCCUCAUGUCCGAGUAAGCAAUGGCCGCAC